AUGGCCUGCUAUGCUACCAGUUUCUGUGGGUUCCCCACUUGCUCCACUGGUGGGACCUGUGGCUCCAGCUGCUGCCAGCCUAGCUGCUCCCAGUCCAGCUGCUGCCAGCCCAGCUGUUGUCAGACCACUUGCUGUGAGCCCAGCUGCUGCCAGCCAAGCUGCUCCCAGUCCAGCUGCUGCCAGCCUAGCUGUUGUCAGGCCCCUUGCUGUGAGCCCAGCUGCUGCCAGCCAAGCUGCUCCCAGUCCAGCUGCUGCCAGCCCAGCUGCUGUCAGCCCAGCUGCUGUGGAACUGGCAGUGGCCAAGAAGGUGGCUGCGGAGCCGUGAGCUGCCGAGUCAGGUGGUGUCGCCCAGACUGCCGCGUCGAGGGCACCUGCCUGCCCCCCUGCUGUGUGGUGAGCAGCACACCCCCCACCUGCUGCCAGCUGCACCAUGCCCAGGCCUCCUGCUGCCGCCCAUCUUACUGUGGGCAGUCCUGCUGCCGCCCAGCCUGCUGCUGCCACUGCUGCCCGCCCACCUGCUCUGAGCCCAGCUGCUGUGAGCCCACCUGCUAA